GUUAUCUGUAUAAUGCGUCUUUGUGACACCGAAGAAAUAACAAACUGCAGUCUAACGAAUGACAACCAAAAUUUAGAAGAAAUUGGAUACAUGAAGACAUGUGACUAAUGUGUGAAAUAAUUCGGUACCUGUUCGGACGUUACACAGUUUUUUCCUGUAAAUUGUCAUCAAUUCUACUAUUUUUCUUCAACCUAGCUUGGCAGUCAAGAGUUCGCUUACCAGUUUUGAUUGUAAGUUUCCAACUUGCUACAGAUAUGAGAAUCCAAGCAGAAAUUGAUUUUGCUUGAAAAUGUAGGAUCAAAAUAAUAACCAGUUUUAGCUAAUAUCUGUGAUCAAAAACAAUGAGUCGUGGUGUAAGGGACUUACGUGACUUAAUUUGUGUGUCUCGUUUGACAGUAAGAGAUAGUGAUGAAGAGUUUAUAUCAGAUGACGAUAAUGUGACCAAUGAUUUUGAUCGUCUGUCCUUAGGCAGUACAGAUUCAUGUGAUAGCCGUAAUGGAUUAGGGAAACGUUUUUCUCCCGAUUCUGGUUGCGUUACUAAUGGAGAAACACCACCUGAAGUGUCCAAUUCAUUAGAAUUACCGUUAUCAACUUCAUUAGAUUUGUCAGUAAGUGACUCGAAACCAAAACGUAAAAGAAAGAAAAGGCAAAAGGCUUUACAUACUGUUCCGUAUAGACAUGAUUUGCCACAAAAACAUAUGCCACUACCACCUUUGCGACCAUCCUCCAGUUUUGAUGUAGAUUCAUCAUCUCAACCAAUUGGUGUCUCAGAAUCUCCUCAGCAAACAAACUUUGACAACAUGAUGUGUUAUAUGGAUGCAACAGUGGUUUCAGCAUGGUUAAGCCGUGCCAAUGAAAGUGUGGAAAAACUUUCAAAUUUCUGUAACAUUGGUGAUAAUUUUGUUCGCUUUGCUCAUUUUUGGUUGUCUGAUUUCCCAGGUGUUGAGAAACAGGAGAUAUUUGAAUUAGAAAAUGGAAUUCUUACUGAAGAACUUUCUUUUGCUUUUACUGUGGGGCGUGAGCAAAGAAAGAUAAAUUACAGAGAUGUACUAGAUUUAUCUAAAGCUGUGUUCAGGGAGUACCCAGGUAGGCUGCUCAGUUCAAAGGGAUCUCACAUAUUUCUAGACUACCUUGGAGUUCUUACUUCUGGUAAAAAAGAAGAAUAUAAGAAAAUGUUGUCUGAUGUAAAGUGUUCAACCAGAAAUAAACAGUAUGCACAGUGGCUACUAGCCAUUCGCUCAUUUGCUAUUGUAAGCUGUUGGUCAGCUAUUGUAAACUUCUACCGUAAUUUAAUAGACCGACUUCACCACAGCAAUCCAAUAUCACACAGCAGUAACCAGGACAAUGAAGACAUUCAUCAUGUGAGACUUUCUCAGGCUAUUAGAUUAGGUUAUGUUGAUGUUGUACAUUAUUAUAAUGUUAGUGGCCAUGUUUCUCUAAAGAGCAUAGAUUCUCAUGACAGGACAACCAUCUUUACUGCUGUAAUGCACAAUCAACCUGAUGUUCUGCAAUACCUUAUAAAUAGGGUGAACCCAAAAAUCAAUGUGAACCAAGCAGCUGAUACAGGAAACAGUCCACUCCAUGCAGCAGCUAACAAUGGCAACACAGAAAUGGUCACAAUACUGGUCAAAAGUCCUGAUAUCAAUGUCAACAUUACAAACCCACAGUGUGAAAAUGCUACUGCAAUACACCUGGCUGUUAUGCAUGGUCACAAGGAUGUAGUUAAGCUGUUAAUUCUGGCAAAUGCAGACCUCAGUUUAAAGAUGGGAGACCUUACCGCUGUGGAUAUAGCUAGAGAUUUUGGACAUAGUGAAUUACUGGAAUUGUUUCAAACUUGACCAUUCUAAUAUGAUAGAAUUACUGGAAUUGUUUCAAACUUGACCAUUCUAAUAUGAUGUAACCGGAAACAGGUCACACUGGUCAAUUUGAAUUGUUACAUAUGUGAUAAUGCUGCAAAAACUUUAAGCAGAUAUACCAAGGUUACUUACUUGGCUCAGACAAUACUAAUGAUUCCCCUUAAGAUGAAGUAUUGGAAAUUAUAACUCAUCCCAAAACAAACUGCAUUUGAAUCAUUUGAAAAUCGAAAUUCUGAGGAGACUUUAAUAGUUUAUCUUUAUAGAAAUAAAUGUUGAGCAUUUCCUCCAUCAUAGUAAUAAAUCCAUUAAAAUCUAAGUUUAAAGGACUUAUAUUACAAUAAAUUUCUACAGAAAGCUUUUUCAAGAUUAGCUGUUAAACAGAUUUAAGCUUAAGAAAAUGUCUAUUAUCUUAUGAAAAAGAAUAAGUGGAUAAUAAGUUAAAUAGUUUACUGUAUUUUAGGUUUUUAUGCAUGCAUUUAUUUUAUUAAAAAUAUUGGACAACUGGUAGUAUAUGAAUUUGAUGCAAAAGCUGUUAAUUUGUAAGAUUUAUGUUAAUUUUAAUUAUUGCUUUAUAUGUGUUCAUCUAUCACAGUUUUACAAGAAGUUUUGCGGCAUUGUUGAAUGUAUUAACCAAGACCAACAAGGUCAGACUUGUUCUUGUACUCAAUUGUGCUUAAGGAGACUCGAGGGUACAAAAAUUCAGCAAAAAUUAAAUCAUUUCUUUUUUCAUUACAAAUUUUAUUUAUUACACUAACUAGUUGUGAUAAGGUACAAAAAUCAACCCAAAAAAUCUAUUCGUUUUGGCCCCAGAUGACUUUAAAAUGUUUUAUUGAAAAGGCUCCAAGUUAUCUCCCUUUGGUGAAUAAAUGCCAUUCUUUUGCAUGUUCAAUUUACUCGUUUAACUCAUUGGUGACCUAUAUUUUUUAUUUUUUUUUCUAUAAAUAAACUUCUUAAACUGAACUUUUGUAAAUUUUAGUGAUUUCUGUAAUUUAGUUCUUUCUUAUUCGAUAUUACCUUUUAUAUUCUCCUAUAAGUUCAACAGGAAAAAAAUGUUUUGCAAAACUUAAUAGUUGGAAUGAAAUUUUACUAGUCUGGGGCAUUGGUCUAGUGAACUAGUAUAGCAGAGUGAAGUUUAUUUGUAGAAACAAAUAGGGAAAUCCUACAUUUAAAAAAAAAGGAUUUAUACCUGCAAGCCUCCUUCAAUUUAUUUUUGGGCCUCAUUUAGUUGGAAAUUCAUUUUUUGGUGAAACUGAUGAAACCAUAGUUUUUCUAUGCAAAAAGGUGAUUAAGAUUGGUUAUUCUUUAUGUGUCAUAUAGAUUAAUUUACCUAUUGCUUGCUUGCUUGCUCCAUUAAGAAAUUUUGCUUGAAGUAGAUAUAUAAUAUUCUAAUUUUGAAAAUAGCUGAACAUUGUUUUGGUGCUUUAAAUUGUUAUGACAUCACUAGUUUAUUCUUCAUAUUGUGUUCUGUUAUUUGUUUGUGUAUAAAGCAUUACGUUGUUUUUGACAUACUCACCUUACUUUUGAUUAAUUUUAUUGGGAAUGGAUUUUGUCUCGCCUUUAAAAAGUCAUGGAAGCUUUUGUUUUUUAUGGCAGUGCUAACAAAUUGUUAAGUUUGUUAUUGUCUAAUUUUUAGGAAAUGGAUGAGACUUGGCACAUCUCAUUUCAUGGAUUUUUUUCCUGGUUCUUUACACUACUCAUGCUACUGAUGGAAGCUUUUGUUAGUUUACAACUUUACAUGUUGAAGUUUAUGAUACAGUCUGGGUAACCAGGGGUUAACCAUGAUUCAAAGAUAAAUAUGGCUUAAUUGGCUUUAAAAAUCUUCAAAUUCCUUAUGUUUUUCAACUAGAUUUAAUUUCAUUGAAGGUUCUCUCAGUUUCAAGGAUUUAAAACUUGAAUGGCAUAACACAAAAUUAUUUUUUAUCCAAGUUAAGAAUUUUAUACAUUAUUCUAAGAGUGAGGGC